AUGCCUACCCAAGAAAUAGGUGCCCCCAUCCCGAACGUCCCCCAUGCCGUGUCGGUGAGCUUGCCCACCUGGGAAGCCACUGUGGGCUACGAAGAGGGCGAAAGCUGGGUGGUCAACAAGAUGACCUCAGGCUACCCUAGAUUCUUCAUCCAUACCUCCAUCAAGAAAUUGGCCAAAAAGCUCGAAGAAAAGUACGGCAGACAGAACGAGGUUGCUGUGAUCUUCCCCUCGUACAAGGUGGCCAAACGGUGCCGGGAGUUUGUUAAGACCCACGCUGGCUCGGAUGCCAAUGGAUCUGCGGUCCGUAUCCUCCAGUUAAGCACUCCUCCUCCAGCCAACGCCGACGAGAGCUCCACCAAGAUCGAGUCCAACAUCGGCGUGGUGUUCUUGCAGGCCUCGCUCUUCCCCCUUGCCAAGUCCUACUGGCAGCACUCAGGCGAGGGUAUCAGUUCCAGAAUGGGAGAGUAUGUUCUCCAUGCGUUGUUUGGAGACGAGGACGAUGGAUCUGUCGGCAAUUCAGGCUACUCCAAUGCCCUGCAACAGGCCCAGCAGAUCCAACGCAGGUCGCCCUCCAUCGCAGCCUCGUUCUCCUCCAUCAACGCCCCCGACAAGGUGGCAGAAAAAGAGUACAAUGCCUUCAUCGAACACAAGUUCGGCAGAGUGUUGGACUUGAAGUUUGCCAAACAGGCAAAAAUAGCAUUGAGAAGAAGAAUCUGUGGUAAGGUCGAUCACUCCCACAACCAGCAAGAAGAAAUCGAAAAGGCAAAGAGAGGCAAAAACUUGAGUGAAACCGACGUCUAUUUGUUUCCUACGGGCAUGGCAUCCAUCUUCUUCGCCCACUACGCCCUCCUUCAAACUUGGAGCACGCCCAAGAAAUCGGUGUGUUUCGGGUUCCCAUAUGUGGACACCCUCAACAUCCUCAAGAAAUUCGGUCCGGGUGUGCACUUCUUGGGGCUUGGAGAUGAUGCCUCGUUGGAUACCCUUGAAAAACAGCUUGAGUCUGGUGAGAUCGAUGUGAUGGCACUUUUCUGUGAAUGUCCAUCCAACCCGUUGUUGAAAACGCCCAAUUUGAAGAGAAUCCGUUCCUUGGCCGAUAAAUAUGAUUUUGCAGUUGUCAUCGAUGAGACCGUGGGUAACUUCUUAAAUAUCCAUGUGUUACCUUACGCCGAUAUGGUUGCAUCCUCGUUGACAAAAGUGUUUUCCGGUGACUCUAAUGUGAUGGGUGGCUCUCUUAUAUUGAAUCCUCUUGGAAAGCAUUAUCACAAGUUCAAGGAAUUCUUCGACGAAGAAUAUGAAGACUUGUUCUGGGACGAAGACGGGUUAUACUUGGAAAGAAACUCCCGUGACUUUGCUGAAAGAUCGGCUAAGAUCAACGAAAACUCUUUGUUGGCAGUGGACUUGCUCCAGAAGCUGCCCUUAAUUUCCAAAGUGUAUUAUCCAAGUAUUGGAGAAUCCAAAAAGUAUUAUGAAGAAAUCAAGACUCCAGAUGGAGGCUACGGAGGCUUAUUAUCUUUUCUUUUCCAUAACCCCAUCCAUGCCGUUCGUUUCUUCAAUGCAGUCAAUUUGCACAAGGGCCCAUCUUUGGGUACCAAUUUCACGUUGGCGUGCCCAUAUGCGAUUUUGGCUCAUUACCAGGAAUUGGACGAAAUUGCCAAGUGGGAUGUGGAUAGAAACUUGAUCAGAAUAAGUAUUGGGUUGGAAGAUCCCGACGAGUUGUUGGGAGUAUUGCAAAAGAGCUUAGAUUCUGCAAGUGACCCUUGA